AUGGAGAUUGUAUUUUCCCGUGGGUUUGUCUACGAUAGCCGGAAUAGUUUACAGAUGCGAGGUUUGGUCGUACUGCUUAUUUCCAAAGCUGCAGGACCCAGUACAGCAGAACUCUCUUUCCAGCACAACAUGGUCAGCGGAAUUUAUUCCAGUCAGAGAAGCCUGGCAGAGAUCACAGAAUUGAUCCACACGGCCUUUCUGGUGCAUCGUGGCAUAGUAAAUAUCGGCGAGCUGAAGUCCUGCGACGGCCCGCUGAAGGACAUGCAGUUUGGAAAUAAAAUGGCUGUUCUGAGUGGAGACUUUCUUCUAGCAAAUGCUUGCACAAGCCUUGCUCAGUUGCAGAAUACCAAGGUCGUGGAGCUAAUAUCAAGUGCUAUCGGUGACUUAGUGCAAGGUAUAUACUAUGAAAACUCCAAGUUGUCUGAGGAAAACUGUCUUACGGACGAUAUUGGAAUAUCGACUUGGAAAGAGCAGGUUUUCCUCUCGCACAGCGCCUUGCUGGCCAAGAGCUGCCAGGCUGCCCUGGAGCUGGCGAAGCACAGCGCCGAGCUGCAGGACACGGCGUUUCAGUACGGGAAGCACAUGUCCAUGAGCCACAAGCUACAUUCAGACCUUCAGCCAUUUGUUAAAGAAAGUUCUAAUGACACUGUGGUCUUCAGUUUAAAUUCUGCUCCUGCAGUCCUGCAUCAGGAAUUCCUUGGAAGAGAGGCGUGGAUUAAACAGAUUAGAGAGGCACAAGGAAAAGGAAGCAUAAUGGACUACAAGAAGGUUAGUUAAUGACAUUUAAACUUGCUUAU